AUGAAUGCUUUUGACGAAAGCGACGAGGAAGAUAACAACCCUUUCUCUGGUACGAACCACUUGUAUGCGUCGGGAAUAGCUGCGGUUCAUGAAGGCCAGGAUGACUUCGUUCCGCCAGCAAUAUUGACAGAUAUACAGGAGAAGGAGGAGUCUAGAGAGGAGCUCAUGAAUCAGCUCUUUGGCGGCGAGACUAGCAACAUAGUAGACUCGCAGCAAGACUCCGUUAUAGGCUUGCAGAGUGAAUACAGAGAGCCAAGCUUGGAAAGAGAACAGCCUCAGAGCGAAAGCCGGAUUCCAACAUUUUCCUCGCAGAUUGAGGAUCGCAAAAUUAAAAUAAUCGAUGCAGGUCACUUUAGGGACGCUUAUGGAAAGUACGCAAUUGGCUACACUAUAGAGUUUGCUGGCAAGCAGGUAGUCCGGCGGUACUCCGAGUUUGAUACCCUCAGGCAUGCUUUGUACCGUCUUCUACCAACAGUCAUAGUGCCUCCAAUCCCCUCUAAGCAUCCAUUAAUAAGAUACUUCCUAAAUCCACUGAGCGCUGAGAAAGACAUCCGAAUCAUUGAAAGAAGGAAACGACUUUUAUCCUUGUUUUUAAGCAAUUGCUACGCCGUUGAAGAAAUAAGGGAGCACGUCGUGUUCACUAAGUUUCUCGAUCCCGAGCAGAACUGGAGGAAUGUUAUCAACUCGCCUCCAAUAUCUAUUAUUCCCACUAACAACUUGCUUGCCCCGCCUCUGCAGCCGACUAAGCCAAGCCCGUUACAUCUACUGCUUCCAAAUGUCACUUUAUCAAGCAAUCGCGGCGAAGACUACGAAAUGUCCGAAGAGAUGCUUGAAAAAGAGAGAUGGUUCAAGGAUACGGAAGAUAUUCUCAAAAAGUUCGAGAAGGUUUUGCAACCGCUUGAAAAGACCUCUAAACAGAACCGGGUUCACUUUCAGUCCUUAGCGUCGUCACUAGCAGAGCUAGGCGCAUAUUAUAAUGCAUUCAGCUUAGAGGGGAACAUUUUGACGAUUAAAGAUAAACUUCAGCUCGUGGAUGAGCUUUCAAAAGGGAUAGAAAAGGUGGGACAGGCCAUUGACGUUAACUAUGUGAGUACUGAAAUUGUGUCUGAGCACGUCAUGACCCUAAUAGAGGAGCCAGUUGCAGAAAUGCUUCAGUUUAUAGUGGAGGCUCGUUAUGUGCUCCGCUUUCGGGCUUUAAAGAUGACACAGUUUUGCAUUGUUGAUUCUACAAUCAAGAAGAGGAAAGCCAGAAUCAACGCUCUGCAAGAAGCACAGGAGCAAAUGCAAAGACUCGAAGAAGCACUGCGUCAAAAUGCAGAACAGUCACCAACGGUCGCGCAGGCAGUUAAAAACAUGGAUAAUAACGGCGCGGCGACGGCUGGCUCCGCCUCCUCGCCAAACCAAAUGCCCCAAAAUAAGGAGAGAGGCACGAAUGGCUGGACAGACCUUUUCAAAUCUAAGGGAUCUCAUAGGCCGCGUUCGUCCUCAACUGCCAAGGAGCUUGCGCCUCACCUUCUAAGCGACGACCAACGCAAAGAAGAAGUCGCUAAAAUCACACAAGAGCUUCAAAAACUGAAUGAGUGCUUUAAGCUAAUUACAAAAGACAUAUUACAGGUCAACAGCUCCGUUUCAAACAGCUUUCAACACCUUGUUAGCUACUUGAAAGACAGGUUUUCUGUAAUCUUCAAGUCAUUUGCACAUGUUCUCCUUGUAUGGCUCAAAGACUCCCUGCUAGCUUGGCAAAAUGCCAGGGCAAUGAUCAAUAACAUACAAGUUACCUAA